AUAGGCAAGUCACGUGCUACGAACAACCUGGAUAAUGCAACGCUUCUCUACAGACUGAGUUACGUGUUGGGCUGUGAUACCAAACAUACUCAGCCUAAUAAUAAGAGGGCUUCUUUUAAACCCUGUGUUGCUUAUCAGUUUUCAUGUAUGCUCGCGGAGUAACUGAUGGCUCAGAGUCUCCGGAGAAAAAAGUCGGCGUAAUUAGGUAGGUACUCGGAGUAAUUAUAUGCAUCAAGGCCAAUCUCAGAUUCAGAAAUGCAGCCAAGAAACGCUUUCAUGAGGCAGGUGACCAUCUUGUGAAGAGAUGAAGAUAGUUAAGAGUACCAUCGUCAGCAAGCCACCCCAACCCUCUCCAUCAACCCGGCAAAGACAAGCAAGCAAGCAAGCAAGCAAGCAAGCAUUCCCUCCACCAUGACCGAACCCUAUGUCCGCAGUGUUGCGCCAGAUGGCGCCAACCCAGGCGCGCCCGGGCUACGCGUUGUCAUCGUCGGCCUGGGCUUCUGCGGACUCACCUGCGCCAUCGAGUGCCGUCUCCGCGGCAUGGACGUGGUCGUAGUCGAGCCCUAUCCCACCUCCCGCACCCAAGGCGACGUCAUCGACUUCUUCGCCAACGGCGGCAUGAUCAUCGAGUCCUGGGACGACGGCCGCAUAGCCGACCAGCUUCUCCCCAUUUGCAUCAACCGCAACGACACCUUCAAAUUCUACAACGCCAAAGGGGAGCUCCUCUUCGAGGACAUCUGGCUGAAAUAUCCUCAUCACGCCCGCCGCCAGUUCGCAGGCCACCGCGGCGAGCUCCACACCGUCAUAAGCGACUACGCCGCGCGCCUCGGCGUCGUCCUCCACCUCGGCGAGACCGUGGUUGACUACCUGGACGCCGGCACCGAGGGCGUCGACCGCACCGUUGGCGUCGUCUGCCAGAGCGGCCUGCGCGUCACGGGCGACGUCGUCCUCUGCUGCGACGGCCCCAAAUCGCUAGCCCGGACAAAAGUGCUGCACCUCCCGGACAACAAGGUGAACUCGGGCUACGCCAUUUACCGCGCCUUCUACACCCUGACGGAUGAGAUGCGCAAGGACAUCUACAUGAGCCGCUUCUGCGACCCGGACCACGACUUCACCGGCAUGUGGGUAGGCAAAGACCUGCAUGCCCUCGUCUACAGCUGGAACCGCGGUCGCGAUCUCGGCUGGGUCCUCACGCACAAGGACGAGCACGACAUCGGCGAGUCGUGGUCGUUCCCAGGGAAGAAGUCCGACGUCCUAGCAUACCUUGACGACGGCGGCUUCUGCGAGCUGCUCAAGGAAGUUGUCCGGCGCACCCCCGACGAACGCCUGGUGGACUACAAGCUCGUCUGGCGUGGCCCGCUCGAAUCCUGGAUCCCCUCUGAGCCGAACCCGCGCGUGAUCGUGCUCGGAGACGCGGCACACUGCCACCUGCCCACCUCCGGACAAGGCGCCUCACAGUCCGUAGAGGACGGGGCGGCGAUCGCGGUCUGUCUGGACAAGGCUAAGGGGGAUGUCCCGCUUGCGCUGCGCGUAUUUGAGCGCAUCCGGUUCAACCGCCAGCACGUCGUCCACAUGUCGUCCAUAUCGAUCCGAAACGAGUACCACCACAUCAACUGGACGCGUGACUUCGUGCGAGAGCACCCCGACGCUCUGGUUCUGCGGCGACCAGACUGGGUUCUCGAGCACGACUCUCGGGCUAACGCUGAGCAGCAUUUCGACCAUUUGGCUGAGGACGUGCGCGCUGGGAAGAAGGGUAACCUGUCCGAGCUGUCCGUCCCGGCCGGCGGGGAGAUUCUCGAGAUUCGUCCAGAGGAGGAGGAGGAGGCCCGGCCUGUCGAUACGGCCUUUAGCCCAAUCGAGCCGGCCUCCCAGACGGUGGUAGUAGCUUAACUGUCGUCAUUAUAUCAGUAUUAUUAUUACCAGCCUUACCCGUGCUGUA